AUGACUUUUGUAUGUCGUACCAAUGACUUCAAUAAUUCAAGGCCAAAAACUCAUCCCGGAUUGAUUAUUGAAAUUCUGGCUCGAGCCAGAGACCAGACAGCCCACAGAGGCGGAGUUGUUGCCUUAAAACAGUACUUCGAUGGUGUUAUAUUAGGACGGAAAGUCGUUAGGGACGUGCGUUUCAACCGCAUCUUUGACAUCGCGCCAGGCAUAUUCAGUCAUCUGCACCGCCUACGUUCAUUGUUACUCAACGACAAUCAGUUGAGGGAACUGCGCUCCGGUGCUUUCCAUGGCUUACGCCGACUCAAAUAUCUCUAUCUCUACCGAAACCGCAUACAGCAUAUUGACUCCGAUGUGUUUCAUGGAAUGGCUCAUUUGGAACAACUAUAUCUCCACGUCAAUGAAAUACAUCAAAUUGAACCAGAGACGUUUUCCAAUUUGCCACGACUCGAACGACUAUAUUUGCACAAUAACAACCUGAAAACUAUUCCUCCGGGAUCAUUCAGAGGAAUGCCAAAACUGCAAAAACUUCGCUUGGAUAGUAACGCAUUAAUUUGCGAUUGCGGUAUGCUAUGGUUUGUUCGAAUGCUUGCAGAACAUAGUCAAAUGAGCAUAGCUGCCACUUGUUAUGAACCAGCCGGAGCUACGGGAACAUCUUUAGCUGCGAUGAAAGAGAAAGAUUUUCACUGUCGACAUCCCGAAAUCGACUCUGACCCCGAGGACGUUGUAGUUAAUUUUGGAGACGAUGCCAUGUUUACUUGUAAAGCAACUGGAGAACCAACACCCGAAAUUAUUUGGUAUCGUGAUUCAUCUGUAUUGCCUAUUGAUAACACUCGUUAUGAAGUUAUGAAUAAUGGUACUCUUAUGAUACACAACGCGGAUGAAAACGAUGUCGCUGUAUUUGAAUGUAAAGCCAAAAAUCCAGCUGGGGAAGUGCUCUCUAAACCAGCUAAAAUGAUGGUGCAAAUGAAACCAGAUGACAACGGUUAUCCAAUUUUCACUAUAAUGCCUCGCAAUCAAAUUGUUAAAAUGAAUCAACCUCUUACACGUAUCGAUUGCGUAGCACAUGGCAACCCGAAACCACACAUUUCAUGGUAUUUCAAGGACGAAAGGAUAUUACUAAGUGAUCGAAUAUCAAUGCGUCAUAAUGGUUCAAUAGUCAUUGAAAAUAUUCAAAGUGAAGAUUCUGGCCUUUAUACCUGCCAAGCUGAAAAUAUUAACGGCAAAAUAACAGCAGCAGUAAAUAUUGAAGUGAUGGUUGCACCAGCGUUUGUAGUAGUCCCGAAAGAUCAAACUGUAACAAUAGGUGACACUGCGCAAUUUAUGUGUACAGCUAGAGGAGUACCUAAACCAGUAAUAACAUGGUACAGAAAUACGAUGGUAUUGCCACCGAGUGAAAAUAUAUUGUUGCAAAACGAUAACCAAAAAUUGACAAUAGUCGAAACAUCUGAUGACGACGCUGGCUUAUAUCAUUGUAGAGCAGAAAAUUCUGAAGGCCUUACAGAAAUUUCUGCUAUUCUUAAAGUGCAGGACUACCAAAUUGUUAUUCCGAAAAUACUUUUAAGACCUGAAGAUACUGAUGCGUUCAAAGAAACCUCCGUACAAAUGCCUUGUGAAUAUGAAAGUGACCCACCAGCAACCGUGGAAUGGAGAAAAAAUGGAAACCGAAUUUUUCCUAAUGAAAGAAUUACAAUAUCCCUUAUUGGUAGUUUAAUCAUUAAUAACAUCAGUCUUACGGAUGCAGGUAGUUAUGAAUGCUCUGUUUAUAACGAGUAUGGUCGUGACACUGCAUCCGUAUUUUUAAGUGUGAAGGAUCACAUUCUACCUGGUGACGAAUACGUAAAUAUUGCACUUACUGAAGCAACAAGAGAUAUUGAUCAAGCUAUUGCUAAUACGAUGAAACAAUUAUUCAACAACGGUAGCUUGAGUCAAAAUUUAAACGAUCUUUAUAGAGUUACUCGAUUUCCAAAUGCGCCAGCAAGAGAAGUAGCACGAGCGGCAGAAAUAUACGAAAGGACAUUGGAAAAGGUUAAAGAAUUUAUACAAUCUGGAUCGAAAGUUACUUCUGUUCAACCUUUUAAUUAUGAAAAUAUCUUAUCACCUCAACAUUUAGAAGUUAUAGCACGAUUAUCUGGUUGUGUGGCACAUAGAGAACCUAAGGAUUGCUCGGAUAUGUGCUAUCAUCAAAGAUAUCGUAGUUUCGACGGUAGCUGUAAUAAUUUUGUUUUCCCUACUUGGGGUAGUUCUCUUACUGGCUUUCGAAGAAUUCUUUUUCCCAUCUAUGAAAAUGGAUUCAGUCAGCCGACCGGUUGGAACAAGGGAGUGAAAUAUAAUGGAUACACUUUACCGAGUGCGCGACUAAUAUCUACGACAGUAAUAAGUACGACCGAAAUAUCACAAGACAUUGAGAUUACACAUAUGACAAUGCAAUGGGGUCAGUGGCUUGAUCACGAUCUAGAUCACGCCUUACCUUCUGUAAGUUCACAAACGUGGGAUGGUGUUGAUUGCAAGAAGACAUGUGAUUAUGCAGCUCCAUGUUUUCCGAUUGAUGUACCUGAAAGUGACCCCCGAAUUACUAACCGGCGCUGCAUUGAUUUUAUCAGAACUAGUUCAGUUUGCGGGUCCGGCAUGACAUCAGUACUUUUUGGUAAGCUGCAACCAAGAGAACAAAUCAAUCAACUGACAUCUUUCAUUGAUGCUUCUCAAGUUUAUGGAUUUGAAAAGUCAGUUGCUGAAGAUUUACGAGACUUAUCGAAUGAAAAUGGUACUCUCCGUGUUGGGGCAAAAUUCCCAGGAAAGAAACCAUUACUACCUACUACUGGAUUAAAUGGCAUGGACUGUAGACGUAACUUGGAAGAGAGUGAUCGAAAUUGCUUUGUUGCUGGCGAUAUUAGAGCUAAUGAGCAAAUUGGUCUGGUUGCAAUGCAUACAAUUUGGAUGAGAGAACACAACCGAAUUGCCACAGAAUUGAAGGGCUUCAAUCCAUUCUGGGAUGGUGACAAAGUUUAUCAGGAAGCGAGAAAAAUUGUUGGAGCUCAAAUGCAAGUAAUAACUUAUGUGCACUGGUUACCACUUAUACUGGGCCCUGAAGGCUACGAAGAACUUGGUAAUUACAAAGAGUACAAUCCGAAUCUUAAUCCAUCCAUUUCAAACGUAUUUGCUACAGCCGCUUUACGAUUCGGACACUCAAUUAUAAACCCAAUAUUACAUCGUUACGAUGAAAACUUUGAACCAAUACCUCAGGGACAUUUGCUUCUACGUAACGCCUUUUUCUCACCUUGGAGAUUGGUAGAUGAAGGUGGUGUUGAUCCUUUACUGAGAGGAAUGUUCACUACGCCUGCCAAACUUAAGACAUCUACGCAAAAUCUUAACACAGAGCUUACUGAAAAACUUUUCCAUACUGCUCAUGCAGUUGCUCUAGAUUUGGCUGCUAUCAACAUACAGAGAAGUAGAGAUCAUGCCAUUCCUCCUUACACUAAAUGGCGACAGGUGUGCAAUAUGAGCGAAGUGAAUGAUUUUGAAGAUUUAGCCAAUGAAAUAUCAGAUAAAAAUGUAAGAGAUAAACUUAGAGACCUAUAUGGAUCCGUGCAUAAUAUCGACGUCUGGGUUGGUGGAAUUUUGGAGGAUCAAGUAGAAGGUGGUAAAGUUGGUCCUCUCUUUCGUUGUCUACUGAUUGAACAGUUUAAGCGUUUACGAGAUGGAGACCGUUUUUGGUAUGAAAACCCUUCUACUUUUAAACCUGAACAAUUGCAUCAAAUCAAAAAGACAAACUUAGCGAGAAUCUUGUGUGAUAACGGCGAUAAUAUUGACACCAUCAGUGAGAAUAUAUUCUUACUACCCGAGGUCCAAGAUGGGUUAGUCUCGUGCGAGGAUCUACCUUCGAUCGACCUUCGUUUUUGGACUGAUUGCGAGACUUGUGGUGAUGACAUUCUCAGCAAUCAAUCGAAUCGAGUUCGAAGAGAUGUUUCAUCUGGUGCUGAGUUAUACACCCAAGUUAUUGAAAAUGACCACCGAAUUAAUACACUGGAAGAUUCUCACAGCGAGCUACAAAAAACAAUUGUUGAAUUGAAAAAACGUAUCAAGGAAUUAGAGGAAACAUGUCAGAAAAAGUAAAAUGACGAUACGUUGAAUUUGCAAGCUAUAUAGAAAUUUACAUAUUGACUUUACCCGGUGACAUGGCAACAAUUCGUAUAUAACUCCUUCUUAUUCUUAUUGAUGUAUGUAUAUCGAUGUUAAAAAAAUAAUA